AUGGCCAGUGCCACUCUUUUUAUGACGCCGGAGGAGGGAGAGCGUGUUCAGAAGACAGCCCAGGAUCAUAUCCAGAAAUGUCAAUCACAAGCCGGCCGGUCGCGAGAGACCAGCGACAGCAAGUCUCUGGUCCAGCAAGCGGUUGGCAAGUCCGUGAUGGAUGACUUUGCCGCCGCAGCCUUUGAUUUAGGAACAGCACCAAAGGAGAACAGCCAGGAAACUAUGCCGGCAUAUGCUGUUGGUUGUCCAUAUUUGCCCUGUACAGCGAACCUGGCGGAUCUAGAGCCCAUGAAACUGUCAGAUCUUCGCAUGGAGACUCACCACCGCGGGAAAGUGAUCUCACUCCGCCGUAUCUCCCCAGUGGUCAGGCUGAAGACGUCUAGUUGGACGGUCGUGCGGGAAGAAGGCUCAGACGAGGCGGAGCGGCUGGAGAUAUCCCUGCAUAGCACAAGGAACGGUGAAGAUAUGCUAGAUUCUGGCUUAACCUUCUUAGUGAAGGAGCCUUACUAUACACUUAAUAACCAGGAUGAAUCCGUGAUCCGCGUCGACCACCCGUCAGACAUCAUCAUUACAGCUUACAGUGACAGUCCGUCUUCGUGGCGCAAUAAUGAAGGUGGUCCGGAUUCAAUUUCAGCAUCUAAACCGGCCAGCAAGUGUAAGGAAGAAGGCAACGCAGCGCUUGGGAAGAAAGAAUAUUGGAGGGCCCACUCUUGUUAUUCCGAAGGAUUAAGAUCAGCUUCAGAGGAGGAUGACAGCAUUCUGCGGAAUGAUAUCCACCGGAAUCGUUCUUACGUCAAUCUUCUCCUCCAACGCUAUGAUGAGGCAAUCUCUGAUGCAACUUCGUCUCUCACACAUGGGGCCGACGAAGAGCAGAGAGUUCUAGAUGCAAAGGCGUAUUCUCGUGCCGGUAGCGCGGCGUACAGUUUAGGCGACUUUGAGGCAGCUAGGAGCUUUUUUGAACAUCAAGAGAAACUUCAGCCUGGUGACCGAUUGGCGAAGAUCAAUCUAAAGAGAAUAAAAAUGCGGCUUCAGGAGAAAGAGUCGGGUAUAUAUGAUUUAAGGAAAGUAGCUAGCAGCCUACCAAAGACCCAAGGUCGGGCAGACGUUGCCAACUUCCACGGAUGUACGGAGGUAAAAAAGAGCCCGGAAGCGGGUCGUGGCCUCUUUGCGACUCGUGAUAUCGAAGUUAACGAGACGAUCAUGUAUGAGAAGGCUUUCUGCGUUGUCUGGAGCCAUGAUCCAGAAGCAAUGUCAUGUCUGACUAUUGAUCUCCGAGAUGAUGCUUCCAUUAGAGUCUUCCCCGUCGGUUUACACAAGGCCCUGGUACAGAAGCUCAUGAACAACCCUUCUCAAGUCGAGGGCAUCUUGGACCUCUUCGGAGACUAUGAGGGGCUCGGCAACAAGCUUCAAGAAAGUGACGGUAGACCGGUACUAGAUACCUUCCAAAUCCACGAUAUUAUCCAACGGAAUGCCUUUGGCCCAGGCCAACAGACAGAAAAUGAAGAUAUCAGCAAUGCUAGCACCGGCCUCUGGGUUCGAGCAGCAUACAUCAACCACUCCUGUGCCUCGAAUGCAAAGAAAGACUACAUUGGCGACCUCAUGAUCCUCCGUGCGACCCGUCGCAUUUCUGCAGGAGAGGAAAUCACACACAGCUACGACGAGACCAGCGAUUACGACGCCAGAACAGCAGCCCUCCAGCGAACCUGGGGUUUCAAAUGUCAGUGCAAGCUCUGCGCUGCGGAGGAGGCGGAUGGUCCGGAAGUACGCCAGCAGCGCCUGAAACUCGAGAAAGAGGUCAACACAUUCAUGCAGAAAGAAAAUGCACAGCAGCCAAAGAAGAUUGCGAUUAUCAGGGCCAAACGUCUCCGUCAGAGCCUACUCGAUACCUAUAAUGAAAAGAGGUACAAAGAUCUACCUCGCAGGGCACUUUCUGGCAUCGAGCAGUGGCUGCAGGCAGCCCGUUCCCUGUAG